GGAGAGGAUUUUUACCUGCUGCCUGUCAGGCACAAGUGGGGAGGAGCAGGCAGGAGAAGACAUCCCGGACGCAGGGCCAGCAUGGCAUCUCUGCUGGACCACAUAGCCAGACCUUCUGCUGUUGUUUUGCAGCUGUCUGUGGUGCUUGGUGUCAUCUUCGUGGUGCUGAAGGUGGCCCAGUUCUACCAGCAGAGGAAGAAACUCAUCAAAGAUCUGGAGGCAUUCCCUGGUCCCCCAAAACACUGGCUCUACGGCCACAAUCACCUGAUAACUGUGGAUAAACUGUUAACUCAGGUGGUGUCAUGGGGAGAAAAAUACCCCUAUGCCUUUCCCAGAUGGCUUGGACCAGUCCUGCCUUCUCUAAUAAUCCACCAUCCUGAAUAUGCCAAAAGCGUACUUGGCCGAACAGAUCCCAAGUCAAGUGUACCCUACAGAUUCUUAGUUCCCUGGAUUGGGAAGGGGCUGUUGAUCUUGGAUGGACCCAAAUGGUUCCAGCAUCGGAAGAUGCUCACCCCAGCCUUUCAUUAUGAUGUGCUGAGAUCUUAUGUGUCCCUGAUGUCAGACUCAGUCAAAGUGAUGCUGGAUAAAUGGGAAAAGAAGAUCACAGAGAGGAAGUCAGUGGAGCUCUUCCAGGAUGUGAGCUUGAUGACACUAGACAGCAUCAUGAAAUGCGCCUUCAGUUAUAACACCAACUGUCAGACUGAGAGCAACUCAGACUAUUAUAUCAGAGCUGUUUAUGACCUGAGCUGCCUCUUGAGCAAUAGAAUCCAGAAUUUUUCUUACAAGGACAUCUUCUAUGACUGGACUCGCAAAGGCCAUGAGUAUCAGGAUGCCUGCAAGCUGGCCCAUACCCACACAGAUAAGGUAAUAAAAGAAAGAAAGAUGUUGCUCUCCAAUGAGAAGGAACUUGACAAGAUCCAGAAGAAGAGACAUCUGGAUUUUCUGGAUAUUCUUCUUUGUACCAAGGAUGCAAAUGGAGUUGGGCUGUCCGAUGAGGACCUGCGUGCUGAGGUGGACACAUUCAUGUUUGAGGGGCACGACACCACGGCCAGUGGGAUCUCCUGGCUCUUGUACUGCCUGUCAUUACAUCCAGAGCACCAGCAACGGUGCAGGGAGGAGAUCCAGGGGAUCUUGGGAGACCGAGAUACCAUUGAAUGGGAGGACCUUGGGAAGAUGACUUACACCACAAUGUGCGUCAAAGAGAGCUUGCGUGUAUUUCCACCGGUUCCUUCCAUAUCCCGACAACUCUCUAAACCUAUCACAUUUUCCGACGGACGCAGCUUGCCAGCAGGCAGCCAGGUUGCACUGAACAUAUUUGCUAUUCACAGGAAUCGGGAUGUGUGGGAGGACCCUGAGAUUUAUGAUCCCCUGAGGUUUACUCCAGAGAACUCAGCACAGAGGCACUCCCAUGCUUUCAUACCUUUCUCUGCUGGAUCCAGGAACUGCAUCGGGCAGCAGUUUGCCAUGAACGAGAUGAAGGUGGCUCUAGCCUUGACCCUGCUCCGCUUCGAGCUCUCACCCGAUCUGUCCAAGCCUCCCACACUGAUGCCACAGUUGGUCCUCAGGUCCAGAAAUGGGAUCCACUUGAUUUUGAAGAAAAUUCGCUGAACCUGUGGGGUAUCACAGCGGGGGAGCAAGAGCUUUCCCAAAGACCACCCUCCACCCAGAGGUUUAAGAGUGGGACGCCAAACAGACCCACCAUGGCCAUAUUAACAUCCUCUGCUGCCAUCCAGGGGGGCACAUAGAGUCCCCUCACACACACCCCAAACCCAGAAGGUCCAGGUCCCCUCUUUGCAUGGGGAACAGCACUGCCAAGGGGGUUUCAUGGCAUGGCUGUGGCUCAGCCUUCACCUCUAUAGGCAUCCUCCAUGUCCUGCUCAUCUCCUCACCUCCAACCUUCCCUCCAACCCAACACGCUGCCUGGUGGGACUUCUUGUCACCUGCCUGUGUAUUUGCCCCUCUGCCAGUUCCCUGCUCGGGCACAAUGAUGAACAGCAUCAGUGUGGUUUGCAUGGGUGUCUACAGCCUGGACACUGCCCAAGCGUGUCCUCCCUUCCCUGCCUCCAGCCUGGGAUUGCCGGCGCAGGAGAGCUCCUCCCUGCAGCCACACCACAUCCCCACACACCACCCUCCAAAUUAUUCCCCUUAAUCCCUUCUGGGGCUGGCCUUGUGCCUGCCCUUACGGAGACAAAAGCCAGCGGGUUUUUUUGCCCUGGAGUUGAACUUCCUUGAGCUGAGGGUGCUCAGGAGCCAGCGCAGAGCCCUGGCAUCAGUUUACCUGGAGAAAGCACUCACUGCCCUCAGACCUGUGAUCAGUCUC